AUGGAUUUAAUUUGGUACUCUGGUACGCAACUAAUAGAGGAUUUAGUUGAGCUAGAAUCCGACAAAGGAAUUUUGAUCAACACAGCACAGGGAUAUUUUACGAUGCGAGCGGUAUUAGUUGAUAUACUUGGUGAUACUCUGGCGGUACAUGAUGUUUUGGGGAUGCUCAGCCCUUCGGCUAAAAUGUUCUGCCGAACAUGCUACGCCAAUCGUGAUUCAUUGAAAGCCGGUGAGCUUGGUGAUAACUAUCCAGCACGGACAGUAGCCAGUACUAAAAGCGACUUGGAAGCUCUUCAAGCAGGAAAAACAACACCUGGUCAAGUUGGGUUGGUGCGCGAUUGUUCAUUCCACAAGCUGAAAUAUUUUCACAUGGCAAACAAUUUGACGUUCGAUCCCAUGCAUGACUUACUCGAAGGAGUAGCAGGAAAAUUGGCUCGGUUAUAUGAUAAACUCAUGACAAAAUUGGAUCAAGAUUCAAAAGAUAAAUUUGCAGUGAACCUAGCUACAGAUUUAGGCAUUGAUUCAAGCCUGCGGUAUUUGAAAACUCAUAAAUACAUACAUUACUCAGAAGUUAACUUUAAUGGUAAUGUUAACAAACUAUGCAAAAAGGAAACAACAGAGAACGGAGUUACCAUGGAGAGCCUACUUUUAAUGGUCGAGAACGAUUUAAAAAGCAUGGGAAUCAUUAAAAAAGGACCGACUGUUCUAAUCCUGGAUUUUAUCAACACAUCGAAGGCUUGUCUUGCUGAAGAUGAAAAUGUUCAAGAGUCUCUGGAACCAGACAUCGCAUCUACUACUUUGACGGAUAAUGAACUGGAAUCAAUCUUGGAGCAACAUCCACGUUUUCAUGGCAUAUACGUCAAAAAGUUGGCUCCCAAUGGUACUCUGCAGCAUGGAGAGUUACUACUUAUGACAAGAAUCUUGUGUGAUCAUUUCUACGGUCGGCGCAUUUGGGAGGACCACAACUACCCAACACAUUUUGAAAAAAAGAUGCUUGCUGAGCGAAUCGUCAGGGCAUAUCCCCAGUUAGGCAAACCUGUUUCCUGUGGAGCACCUCUCGAGUCGGUGUUUUUUUAUAAGAACAAUGGUAAAGCUAAAGGACCACAUAGUGGAUAUAUUGAACAACGCGUGUCCAAUAUGCGCAAAGAAGUACCUUUGGAUAAGAGAAAAUUCCGACGAACAAAAAACAUGCCAAAUUUGGAAUUUGUUACAGAGCAAAUGACUGCAAGUGCAGAAAUGCUAACAGCUUUGGAAGCAACGGCCCAGAACUGCCUCGAAAUUUCGACGAUUAUGAAACAGUGCUUCUCGAUUCAUAAAAACAUGAUAACGCAGGGAAAAAAUGUUCAUCAGAUUUACAGUUAUUUCCCUCAUCUAAAGUCAUAUCAGGGUCUUUUGGUGCAACAAGCGUUUGGAAGGUUGUUGGAAAAUCCCGUGCCAGAAGGAAUUUUGAAAAAAAAUACUGUCUCAAGCCCUAUUGCUACAACGUGAGGCAUUCAAUGAAGUAAAUGAUGUGUAUAUAAGAGGAUGUUUAAUUCUUAUGAAGGAAAUGGCGGUCCGCGGAGUUAAUCGACCAAUGGAAACGAUGGAUUUAUCUCCUGAAGAAAUCUAUGCGUCUCCGCUAAUAAAGUGGAUUAGAAUUGAAGAUGCUACUGAUUACUUCGACCGUGAGAACCCUACAGCUCACAUUAUUUGUUUCGGCUCAGCGUUUCAAAGUGGCCAUUUUAUGAUUGUGCUAGGCAGGAAUUGUAGUAUCAAUAUGGGAGCGAACGCUUUACAAACAUUAGAUGUUUUUUUAAGACUUUUAUUGUGUUCAACAUUAACAUCCCUGCCUUGCUUAGACCAUUGUAUGAUUUUUUGUCCAUAAAAUUGUUCAAAACACUAACGCAUAGCUCUCGUCGCUCGGUAAAUGAGUUGGUGAAUCAGUUCGUUGGUACAGAUAUCGCUGAGCAAGCCCAGGGAAAUAAUAAUUGUUAUAUCUUAAAAAAAAUGAAUCUGUAAAAAAUAUGAUUUAAACAACUAAAACUAAAUAUCUGUUGUUUAUUACAAAAACUAAAAAUACAAACAGAGUUUCAAAUAUGAUUGUUUAAUAA